UGCUGGCUCCGCAGCAGCUCGGAGGCGGCAGUGUACUGGCCGUAGCUAUCACCUAUCAGCUAGCUCUACUCCCAUCAUUCUCCUUCCGGAGUCGAGCAAGUAGAUACGCACAGAGGAGGGAGGGCAGAGGAGAGAGCUUGCUAGCUAUUUAUCCAUGGCGGCGGCGUUGCUAUCCUCGAGGCGGGCGGUGGCGGCGGCCGUGGCGUGCGUGCUGGCACUGGCGCUCGGCGCCGCGGCGCAGCUGUCGCCGACGUUCUACGACGGGAGCUGCCCGAACCUGCAGUCCAUCGUGCGCUCCGCGAUGGCCGCCGCCGUGCAGCAGGAGCCCCGGAUGGGGGCCUCCAUCCUCCGCCUCUUCUUCCACGACUGCUUCGUCCAGGGUUGCGACGCGUCGGUGCUGCUUGACGACUCGCCGACGCUGACGGGGGAGAAGAACGCGGCGCCCAACGCCAACUCCCUCCGCGGCUACGAGGUCAUCGACUCCAUCAAGUCCCAGGUCGAGGCCGCCUGCCCCGGCACCGUCUCCUGCGCCGACAUCCUCGCCCUCGCCGCCCGCGACGGCGUCAACCUGCUGAGCGGUCCGACGUGGGCGGUGCCGCUGGGCCGUCGCGACACGCGGACGGCGAGCCAGGCGUCGGCGAACAGCAACCUCCCAUCCCCGUCCUCUUCCGCGGCCACCCUCGUCUCGGCGUUCGCGUCCAAGGGCCUGGACUCGCGCGACCUGGUGGCGCUCUCCGGCGCGCACACCGUGGGUUCCGCGCGGUGCUCGAGCUUCCGGUCGCGCGUGUACAACGACACCAACAUCAACUCCGGGUUCGCGGCGAAGCGGCGGCAGAUCUGCGCGGCCCAGAGCGGCGGCACCGACGGGAACCUCGCCCCGCUCGACGCGCUCAGCCCCGUCCGCUUCGACAACGGCUACUUCCGCAACGUCGUCGGCCAGUUCGGCCUCCUCCACUCCGACCAGGAGCUCUUCGGCGCCGGCGGCCCCGUCGACGGCAUCACGACGCAGUACGCGCGCAACGGCGCGGCGUUCGCGCGGGACUUCAUCACCGCCAUGAUCAAGAUGGGAAACAUCAGCCCGCUCACCGGGUCCAGCGGCGAGAUCCGCGCCAACUGCCGGAAGCCCAACUAGGUGGCCGGCCGGCCGUCCUUGAGAUUCGUGCUGAGGGAAAGGAAGGACGGACGGUGGGGGUGGGUCGACAUGGCCAGCUAAGAGGAGUGUGGCUUUGUGCGUGGGAAAAGUGUGGAGUGCGUUGGAAGGGAGCGGCGGAGGGGGGAGACGACGAUGAUUGAGCGGGGGAUUUGGUGGGUGGAGCGGCGCUGUCAAGAGGUGGGAGACGAGGUGGGGCCCGGCGUGCCGUGACACAUCGAUCACACACUAGCUGCAUGGCCACUGCUUGCUGCUUUUUAAUUUGGUUCCAUUCUUUCUUUGAUUUGUACCAUAUGAGGUGACGGCGAUUUGAGCAUGUAAGUUUGUACGUACGUGGCCGAUUCAUACUAUUAUUUUUCACGGAGGACACGAAUAAGAUCGAACAGAUGGAAUGUGUUUUUGUUUUCCCCCAACAAA